GUCUCGUCGGAUGACAGCGCCUCCGUCAUGUCCCUCCACCUGAUGCAUGCUGACCGGCGUCUGCAGGAGACACAGCUGCUGUAAGAUGCUUCUUGAUGCAACAAUAUUGAAGGCGGUGCUGCUGCUGCUGGCGGAGGCGUCCUGCAGGACUCACAGCAGCUGGUGUGAGCCGGGCUGCGACUGUCGAGGAGAUCUGAAGUUCACCAUCUGCUCUCGGGGGCUCUUCACCCUGCUCCCCUCCAGAGUGCCGCCCUACACCGAGCUCCUGGACCUCUCCGACAACCUCAUCUCCAUCAUCCCCGAGCGCUCCUUCGACAAGAACCGCAAGCUGCGCGUGCUUCUGCUGCAGAACAACAACAUCAGCGUGGUGCAGCCCGGAGCCUUCUCCCAGCUGGAGUUCCUGCAGAAGCUGGACCUGAGGUGGAACCGGAUCUCCGUGCUGACCGAGGGGUUCUCCGUCGGGCUGUCCUUCCUGCGGGAGCUGCAGCUGGCUCACAACCGGCUGACGCGCCUGGAGACCCACAGCUUCCUGCACCUGGACGCCCUGCAGAGGCUGAACCUGAGCGCCAACAGCAUCCGCUCCAUCCAGGUCAGAGCGUUCGCCCCGAUGAGCGGCCUGCGGAAGCUCCACCUGCAAGACAACCAUCUGACCUCUCUGCGCAGCGGCAUCUUCUCCAUGCUGCGCUCCCUGGAGGUCCUCAACCUGGCCGGGAACCAGAUCAGCGACAUGGAGAUGGGCGUGUUCAAACCGCUCACCAGCAUGUCCCUGCUCAACUUGGCCGACAACAAUAUGUCGGCGGUGUACUUCAAGACGUUCCUCAGCAUCUACUCCUACAGCACGCACAUCCUGCUGGAGGAGAACCCGUGGAACUGCGACUGCGACCUGCAGAGAGUUUUCCGGAAGCUGCGCAGCAUCCAGAGGCUCUACCUGGACGACUACUACAACCUGACCUGCGCUGAGCCGCCGGUGGUCAGAGACUACCGGCUGAUGGACGUGGACACGGAGCUGUGCCUGGCAGAGACCGUCACCGUGCUCAUCAUCACCUUCACUGUGGUGACCACCUUGCUGGCCGCCCUGCUGAUGGGCGAGAGGAAGAGAAGGAAGAAGAAGAAGAUGACGCACUGGACGCAGCAGGGGGAACAUUCGGAAGAGUCUGACUACUGAAUCUGUCUAUUUAAGUUUCUUAUUUUCUGGCAUUCUAGCAAUAUUUCCAGGAAACUGUUGCUCCAGUAAAUAUCUCAGGAACAUCUGCAUGGAUAGAGAUUUUCAAUUCUAAGUUCAUUUGUCUUAUUUCCCACAUGCCUCACACCAAAAAGAUUCUGAAAAAGCUUCUAAAAAACCAAAACUGUAGAGAAAAAAUCUGCUGCAACAUUUUCUUU